GAUAAUCGAAUUAAUAAGUCUUCCUCUCUUUCUUGUUUCAGUAUGUCUAUUCUUGUUUUCUUGUUUGUUAUUUAUUUUUCCUGAGAUUUCGGUCUAGUGCUUGGUUUACGUGUCCAUAUCAUUAGGUUUGGAGAAGCUAUUCAAUUGGAUGGCUUAGUUUCUAUUUUUUAAAAAUAAUUUACUAUUCUCAUUCCUACAUUUUGAUUAUCAAAUGGCUACUAAGUUAACAGUAGUGCUUUAAUUUCUCUUUCUCCAGUUGUCAAUUCUUGUGAGAAUCAAUUCUUAUGAGAAUUGAAGGAUCUUGUUGGUAACAACUAAUAUGCACUACUUUUUCUUGCUUUUCUGUUCUCAGCUAAAGUGAAGAGAGUCUAAAAUUUUUAUUUCCUCCUUUCUGGAUCUUAAGUUUGUUGCAUCUGUCGGAUUUUAAUUUAAACGGAGAAUGGAAAAUGAAAAGAAGAAGAGAAAAAACAAGAAAAAGAAAAACAAGCAGAUUAGAACCUCAGAAGAUGAAACAGCUGUAUCAGAAUCGACUUCUAUGGAGGAUAAUCACAUGAGAAAUGGACAGAAUGAUCAUAAUUCAAUUUCUGAUGCGGUAGAUCAUUCACAAUUACAUCAGCAUACCGGUGAAAUAAAAGAUGCCAUCUUAGAAGAGACAAUUGAACAUUUGAGGAAGGAGAACUUUUUGUUUGCACAUACCAAGGCUAAGCUAGAGGAUACAAUUAAGCACUUACACGAGGAAAACAGUUUUCACAAACAAAAAGGGGCUGACCUGGAGUUGAAGCUCGUAGAAUUUGAUGGUGAAAAACACUCAUGGCUUAAAAAAGAGGCAGAGUUAGAGGAUAAAAUUAGAAAGUUUCAAGAGGACAAGAUUGCUUUGGGUUUAGAAGGGGCCAGGUUACUGCAGACCAUUGAGCAGCUAGAGAGAGAUAAAUAUUCAUUGAUUCUUAAGGAGAAUUCAAGCAGGGAGACGAUAGUAAAUAAGAACAAUGACAUCUCUAGGUUACAGGCACAGGUUGUGGAGUUGGAAAAACAUAAACGUGAUCUGUUGCAUGAAAACAAACAACUGAUGGAAAAUGUUACUGAUUAUCAGUCAAAAGUUAUGAAUCUUGAGAGGAGAAUUCCUUCCAUUCACUCUUCAGACCAUAUCACAAAGGAGAUGUUGAGUUCACAAGUGGAUGCAGCUCGUAUUCUGGUUGAUAAAUUGAUUACAGAAAAUGCAGAGCUUAUUGGGAAGGUGAAUGAGUUAUUUGUUGAGCUUCAAAGAGUUACAAAGACCGAGCUAUCUUCUGCCAUGGAGCCUGGGGAGAGGGCUGGAGCCACUUUGGAUUAUCCCGAGAUUCAGGAUACAGGUAAUAGGUUGGAGGCGUUAGAAUCCAUUUCAGUCCACAACCAUAGCAUUGGUAGUAAUAUUGUGGAGCUGGACAACGAUUUAUUGGCCCCAACAUCUUCAAUACCGAUUGAAGCGGGAGAAAUCGUGCAAAUUCCCUUGGAUGAAAAUGAAGAUAUUGCAGAGAGUGAUGAGAAGGAUGUACUGCUGUCAGAUGCUCCUCUGAUUGGGGCUCCUUAUCGGUUGAUUUCAUUCAUGGCCAAAUACGUUAGCGGUGCUGACUUGGUUGCCAAAACCUAGUGUGCCGAUUCCAUUAUAUCUUCAUCCGGGAAUUAUCAUUCUUUUAUAAUGGAGUUCAGUUUUCACGCGAGACAGAAAUUAAAGCCGCCACCGCCAACCAGGUACAAAGAGAAAAGCUUAAGAUGAUUGGUGACUUCACUUAUGCCACUGCCCUUUCUUAUAGGCUCUCUCCCCGAUACAUACUGUGCGAUUUUCUAAACCCGGCAUUUCAUCCUCUUUUAAAUUUUUUGAUUCCGUCUUCACAUAACUCAAGCUAACAAAUCCCAUCUUAUAUUUGAUGUAAUACUUACUCUCUUUUAAAAAACUUAAGCUAAAGAAAGCAAAAAUGCUAUAGCCAAUUUACUA